CUUUGUUUUCGCUGGUGUUGGUUCUGCCAUUGCCUACGGAAAGCUGACGUCGGAUGCGGCUUCUUGAUACGCCGGGGCUUGUCGCCAUCGCUGUGUGCCAUGGUUUCGCCCUCUUCGUGGCGGUUGCUAUCGGAGCCAACAUCUCUGGUGGCCAUGUGAACCCAGCCGUCACUUUUGGCCUUGCUCUCGGUGGUCAAAUCACACUCAUCACCGGAGUUUUCUACUGGAUUGCUCAACUUCUCGGCUCCACCGCCGCUUGCUUCCUUCUGAAGUUCGUCACCGGUGGUUUGGCGGUUCCAACUCACAGCGUUGCAGCUGGACUAGGAGCGAUAGAAGGAGUAGUGAUGGAGAUCAUAAUCACAUUUGCUUUGGUCUACACUGUCUACGCCACAGCUGCUGAUCCCAAAAAAGGUUCUCUUGGAACCAUCGCUCCUCUCGCCAUUGGGCUCAUCGUUGGUGCCAACAUCCUCGCUGCUGGUCCAUUCUCCGGUGGAUCCAUGAACCCAGCACGUUCCUUUGGGCCAGCUGUUGCUGCUGGAGACUUCUCUGGUCACUGGGUCUACUGGGUUGGACCACUAAUUGGUGGCGGACUUGCUGGACUUAUCUACGGAAAUGUUUUCAUGACUUCCGAACAUGUGCCUCUUGCAUCUGACUUCUAAGCAUAUCAAAUGUGAUGAUUCUUGAUUCAUAUCUCUGUGUUUGAUUUCUUUGUCUCUCGAUCAAUUUGUUGUUUUGUUUGGAGUCCCAUUUCGUUGUAAUUGAUUAUCCAAUCUGUAUGAAUAUCAUUUAGUGGAAUGCUAUUUGGUUAUACCUUUAAAC